AUGGAUAACAAACGGUUCAGUGAAAAUCCGUUUAAUCCGCUGAUUCUGUCAAGUGAAGAACGUGCGAAACUCGUAGCGCUUUUGGAUGAAAUGAUUCUCGCAAAGUUUAGCGAAUAUGAAGAGUAUGUGCACAAUGAGAAGAAAAUUGACUUGUCGCGUUGGAAAAGUUUUUCACGCUAUGGUAUGACAACGACGUACCUUGAGAGAAAAAAGUCGAAUUCAGAAUCCAAAUUACUUUCAUCUCUUAUGGUUGGUGCUUUGCCUGGUACAUUGGAUGAUAAUAUGUUUGGUCUUGUAAGUCCCACAUUGGAAGAUAUGCGUAUCAAAGCAUCGUAUCUGCAUGAUUUCAGUGCUGCAGCAUUACUUGCGACCAUUAUCGAGCCAAGUUUCGACGAUCCAUUUCGAACUGUGGUAGUCAAGUGGAUAGAGAUUGACAUACCUGGUGCAUCAACUCGACUGAUACACAAUCGAGACUAUGUCUUUGUUGAGGCUUCUGGUAUCUUAUGUCUUAAGAAUGGAGAACGGGUAGGGUACCACAUAUACCACUCGGUAAAUUUUCCACAGACACCCGACUUGCCGCAUCGCGUGCGUGGUAACAUGUCCUUUAGUUGUAUCUUUCGUCAAGAAAACGAUCGUACCGAUUGUCGAGGCACAGGAUUUAUGGACCCUGGUGGUGAUAUGAUUCGAACGAUGGCUGUCAUGGGGAUGGUACAAGCUACAAUGGCAGGAUCCAAGUAUUCGUACUGUGGCCAAAUGAAGAAGUUGACGUGGCUUGUCGAACAAAACCACAAAAAGGAGCAAGUCGCACAUGCUUCAACGUCCGUGUAUCGUGCUUUGGAACUCUUUGUGGUACAUGCACGAUCACGAAAAAACUCACGUUUGUCACAGUCGAGCACGAACUGA